CGCGAUUUAGAAACAUUAUCCUGAUCGGGUUCUAUCACGAUCAAAAGUGCCUUAUGUGACAACCAUAUAAAAGCCGUCUGCGGGAGUGUGUCAUUCGUCUAUGCUAAUCUAUGCGUUUCGUUGGUGUUGAUUGGUGCAUCUUGGUGCAUCAAUUGGCGUUCAUGCGAAGUUGGCGGAGUUUCGUUUCGAAAGUUUUCGUGCUGGUGUGAUCUUUCACUGGAAGAAAAAGCACUGCGUGCAGUCGCUCGCUGGGAGCAACUGGUUGCUGGCUGUUCAGUGCUUCACCAAGUACACAAAUUUCAAAUGUCACCGGAGGUCGCGGAACAUGCUGAAUCUUCGGUACUGCCGAAGAGUUUUUCCGGAGGACCCCAUGGUUUAGGUGACCCAAGUGACAGACGGUUGAGGAAAGUUGAGGUUGAAGUCCUCAUCCCUCAGAAGAUGAGGAACAAGGCACGCGAGGAAAAGUGCGCGGACCUCGUUCUAAAGUUUGGCGAAUGCAGCAAAAGAGAAGGUUUGAUGUUACCGUUCAUGUGCCGAAAGGAAAACGAUGCUCUCAAGGCGUGCUUGAAGAAGUGGUAUGAGGAUCCCGAUUUCCAACACAUAUGCAGAGAAGAGUACCUGAAUGAAAGGAGCAACUUUCGGGAGACUGGUGUGUGGCGAAAGAAGGACAAGCGUGCUGAAAUCAGGAUAGUGGUACGCAGUGAAGCAAAGGCGAGGUGUUGCGGUGAAGCAUACCAAGAAUGGGAAGAGGCCAUUGUCACGGCACACAGAAGACUGCCACUGGUGGCUUUCACCUUUAGCAUCACAUUUGCUUGCGACAGUGAAGAUAAGUUACUGUGAAUAAUUGUAACGUGACUACUGUUCCAACAUGCAUCCCUCUACCAACCUUCCAUGCACAUUGGUCCGACAUGAAAGUGUCACUACUGAGUAUUGUUCAUGGACUUGGUUGACUUUGUUGACACCAGUCUGGUUGUGUAAGAAAUGUAACAAUUCAUUUUCGGUGUGUACCCAGUGUAAUGUUGUUGCUACAUAUCAUAUUUUCUGCCAAAGUGCGCUCUGUAUAACCCAAAGCACAAAUUCUUCAUGCACUCUCACCAACAUGAAAGGUCCCCAGGCAAACACUAUUC